CAUAAAGAAUUUUGGGAUAGCGAAGGAGAGAAGAAGAGCGUGUGGAAAUAAGUAAGAAUCAACGAUGGAUCUUCUCUGUUGCGAGACUACCGAAACUGAGUGCAGAGCUUACGCCGACCCGGCGCUCCUAAACGACGAUAGAGUAUUACAAAACCUUUUGAAGAGCGAGGAAAGGUACGCGCCUAGCAGUUCAUACUUCGAGUGCGUUCAGAGGGACAUUUCGCCGAUGAUGCGAAAGAUCGUGGCCGAGUGGAUGCUAGAGGUAUGCGAGGAGCAAAAGUGUCAGGAGGAGGUAUUCCCACUGUCGAUGAACUACGUCGACAGAUUUCUGUCGAUCUGCCCGAUCAGGAAAUCCCAGCUACAGCUUCUGGGCACCGCGUGUCUUCUGCUAUCCUCCAAGCUGAGAGAACCCCGGCCACUGUCGGCCGAAGUCCUCGUAUUCUACACCGACAAUUCCAUCACCCUCGACGACCUCUGGCGGUGGGAACAGCUGGUUGUGUCGAAGCUUAAAUGGGAGUUGUCAGCGGUGACGCCGGGCGACUUCCUCCUACACAUCCUCAGCCGUUUACCGGUUGAUCCACCAGCAUGGGACUCCCUGAUGAUACGGAGACACGCGCAGACCUUCAUUGCCCUCAGUGCGAGAGAAUACAAGUUCUCGAUGUACACACCGAGCAUGAUUGCGGCGGCCAGCGUCGCGGCGGCUUUACACGGUCUUGACUGGACGCGUAAAAGCGGUUACGGUCUGCCCCGUCUCCUCGACGAGUUAACCCGCAUCACCGCUAUCGAACAGGAUUAUCUGCAGGGAUGUCUGGUGCAGAUAGAAGAGAUGGUUUCGUCCCAGGCAAAAGGAACCGGGGGACACACAUCCGCGACUUCCGGAAGCGUAGUUGGGGGGCCACCGCAGAGGCCGGUGGGGGACCAGAACACGGGUCAGGAAAAAAUUCUUGAAUAUGGGAAAGCUGGAACGCCGACCGACGUCAGGGACGUUCAUUUCUAGGCCAUGACGGUCCGAAGACGGCGACAAAUCGAUAUGUAAAGCUUGGGUAAUAGAGAGGAAAUUAUAGACGAAAAACAGUGAAGUGAGUAACGCAAUUGGCCUCCGCUGAAGAAAAGGGUAAAAGUAAGGGAAGGA